UUUUGUGUUCAGCAGACGACGUGUGUCUUGACUCUACUUGUUGACUUGAAGGUUUGGGAACAGAGUUGUCGGUUUCGUCGUCUCGUACAAGACAUCCGUACUCGCUCGGCAGCAUUUUCACAAACUUCUGGGCUUAUCCGAAGCGUAUCCAUCCGUACAUUAUCGGCCACGAGCUUCAAGACCAACUACACUCAAACACGACCUAGAUAUACGCAACUCCGCUUGAUGGCAUACUAGGGGCUAUUAUAUCAAUGAUUGGAAGACGGGUGCGGCAAUCCCCUUGCUGCUAAGCGACUGAGGAAAACGUCGACGCAAGCAAUCAAGAGCUAUCACGAAGAUGGCGGGCCCAGAUUCGGACAAGACUGCAGAGAUUAGUUCUCGAGUCUGCACCGCAGCAUCAUUUUCAGAGCUGUCCAAGGAGAUUUUGAAUGCCACCUUCUACAACAUAAUACAUGACAUCGUGGCAAAAGUUCACCGAGAUGAAAAAGUUGCGAGGAUGAGGUCUGCCGUCGUUCUGGCUAGGCAAAAAGCUGAAGCCGAGGCAGAGGCGGGAGGCAUUCCAGAGAAGAAGGUACAGGUGGAAACAGAGGGUGCGAUAUGUGAAAAUGGAAAAGUAUACCUCAAGGGAAAUCCGCUUGCUACGACCAAGGAUAUUGUCUGUCCAUUCUGCCGUCUACCACGUCUACUAUAUCCGACGAUGGGGAUCGGUGCUCGUCCGCCUCCAGAUCCGUCAAAAGAAUACUGCACAAAGCAUCCUCUAGUCAGCAGACCUGGAUAUGAUGUCCAUGGCAAUCCAUUCGCUACGGACAAGACGAAAAAGAAGAAGAAGAAUACCAACACCAACACUCCGAUAUCAAGUCCACCGUCGACCCCGGAUGCAAACGGCACAUCUAAGCAGAAUGCGCCCGAUUAUCCCACCAUAAAGUGUCCCAAUUGUCCGCGUUAUUGUCAGACAAACAGAGUUGCAGCACAUCUUGACCGUUGUAUGGGAAUUUCAGGUCGUACAGUUACGCGAAAUCGUGAAGGAGGUUCAGCUACGCCCGCUACUACAGGGCCACCGAAACGACCGUUUCCUGAUGAUGACGUUGCCCCCAUGAAUUUCAAGAAGAAGAAGCCCAAUACCCCGAAGAAGCUGGGAACCAAUAAACCGGCGCCACCAAGCAAAUUGAAAAAAGCAGCUACCCCAGAUACCAUGCUCGCUGAGGAAGCAGCGGAGGCAGCUGAAGCUGCAGAAUCUGCAGAAUCAUUCCAUGACCCUUCAGUCGACGGCGAAGAAAAAGUCGAAGCUUGAUACGUCGAUCAUUUUCAUCGUUGUUCAUAUUACUCAUUGCUCUGAGUCGUUGACCACAUAGCAUUUUUAGCGUAAGGACUGUAAUAAUGCUUGCAGGAAGUUUUUCUUUCCUCUCUUACUUUCCUGUCGCCUUCGUUCAAACUACCAUCUUUUGCAAUGUCCCUGUGCAGCUGAAUUUCAGAUCCGAGAUGGGGAUAUGUGACUGGAUGCAUUUCGCUUAAACUUGCUAACCCAUAGGUGAACAUGUAUAUUAUUAUGUACUAUUGAAUCACAUUAUUCAUCAAAUAUCCUG